AUGUCAGAACCCUCGUCUCCAAGCAAGAACUCGUUAACCGGCUGGUGGAAACACAUCAAGAAGGGCGAGUCGGAGCUGGGCUCGCCUCCGCCUCUUCCAAUGAACGGUCAAAAUCACAGCUCCGCGUCAGGGUUUUCUGCGGAGUCUAAGUCUAUCUCGUCUCCCACUCCGCAAUACCGCGCGAAUUCACCGUCUUUGCUUGCACCUCUUGCUUCACCGACGAGGCCCUUUCUGGGUUACAAGUCACGCUCGUCUCAUAACGUGAGACCGCUGUCACCGUUUCAGGACAACGGCUCGCAAGAAAAACUAAAACAACACCGAGAUUCUUUUAUUCAACAGCGACAAAUGGAUUACAUCGGCGACUCGUCGAUAUUUGGAUGCCCCAUCGAGGAAUCCAUCAAGGUUGCUGAGGCCAAAAUAUACAUCAGCAGCGACCGUAACGGACUGAUACGCUACGGCCGGAUUCCUAGAGUGGUGGCACUAUGUGGAUCGUUUUUGAAGAAGAACGGACUUGAGGUUGAAGGAAUAUUCAGAGUCGCGGGCUCUACCAAAAGAAUCAAGCAACUGCAAUUGAUAUUCUCGUCCCCGCCUACUUACGGCUCCAAAAUUGAUUGGGAUGGAUAUACAGUUCAUGACGCUGCGUCGUUGUUUAGAAGAUUCCUCGGCUCGCUUCCAGAGCCGCUUAUACCGCUAUCCAUGUAUGACAAAUUCAGGGAGCCUCUUCGAUCUCGUCCCAAUAUCGUCCGAUUCCUCAAAGAGAAGGAGAAAAAGAUGGGCGACUUCAGCGGGCUGUCCUCGGGCAAAGAGGAGCAGAAACAAGAACAGGAGCAGCUCACCGACGACGAGCUAAAGCUUCGCAAAAAGACCAAAAAGGAAAAGAUAAAGAAAGAACGCAAAGAGGCGCUGAAAGACUACGCGAGACUAAUAGAACAGCUGCCUGAGUUGCAACGACAGCUGUUAUUCUACAUCUUGGACCUCCUGGCCAUUUUCAACGCCCAUUGCGACAAAAACCUCAUGCCUGCCAAGAAUCUGGCUGCCAUUUUUCAACCCUCGGUCUUGUCUCACUCAGAUCACGAUAUGUCGCCCGAAGAAUACGCUCUUUCGUCGCUGGUUAUUGAAUUCAUGAUCGAAUACUCGUAUAAAAUCUUGCCAGCUGCUCAAAAAGUUGCCAAAAAAGAUUCUGCGCUAAAUUCCACUGCUUCCUCCACAACAAACGAGCAAACAAGCUCCAAGGUUUCCGCCCCAACAACGCUGCUACCUCCGCCAACCACAAAGUUCACCAGAAAACAUAGCAAGAGUUUAUCCUCUGUCCAGUCUCCGUCCGAUAUGCUUCGCGUGAACAACGGUAAGUCCAAGCUAGAACAUACCCAAACGAAUACCACAGACGAGGUCGACUCGGCAGUGGACUCGGCAGUGGACUCGGACGACGAGACCCGCCCGCUUGCUCAAAGGCUUUCCGUUUCGUCGAUUGGAUCUCAGAAAAUGCGUCCCUCGUUCUCAUCAACAUCAAAAACAUCACCAUCCGAAGUCAAGGCAGAGAGUCCGCUCAAGUCUGAGGUUUCAUUUCCUAAAAUGGAGCUCAAGCCUCCAGUCCUUAAAAUUGGCGCGUACGAGUCCGUCCCGCUUUCUUCCUCGACAAGUCAGAUGGGAACAACGAUCAAACUGCCAAACCACCCAGGCUCUCCGAAGAACCUACCAUCGUCGAUCGACGACAACUUGAGCUCCGUCCAGGACCCGAUAGAUGACGAACGGGAAACGAGGUGGGAGGAGGAUCCAAAUGGCGCUAAUGGAGAAAAACUUUCCUGGUUCAAAAGAUUACGAUCGAGGUCUACUUCCAAGUCCAGAAAAUAA